GACAAGCAAGAGUUCAUACAGCAAAAAAAGAAGAACUGCAGACAUGGCAUCCACAAUUCCAGCUACAUCGGGGUAUGAGGGCCGCUAUGUCGAUGGCUUCCAGUUGUAUUUGCAAGGCUCUGAGGAACACAAGGUUAUGUGUGAGUUCAUUGACAAGACUCUGCCUGAUGAAUUUGCAAGAAUUGGAGAGGGAAAAACGAGUCUGAAUGUUCUUGGUGUUGGAAGUGGAGGAGGUGAAAUGGAUGCCCAUAUACUCUCUGUGCUACAGUCUAAAGUCCCAGGAACAUCAAUCAACGCUGAUGUGGUGGAGCCCAGCCAAGAACUGAAUGAGAACUUCAAAGCUUUGGUGGCCAAGACUCCCAACCUGCAGAAAAUACCCUUCACCUGGCAUUCAAUGACCUGUGCAGAGUAUGAAGAAAUUGUCAAAAACAAGAAGGAAACAAAGAGAUUUGACCUUGUGCAUAUGAUUCAGAUGCUGUACUAUGUAACCGACCUGAAAGCAACCAUCAAGUUUUUUCAAAGCCUGCUCAGAGAGAAAGGCAAGCUUUUGAUCAUCCACGAAGCAGCAAGUAGUGGCUGGAACACACUCUGGAAGACCUACAAGCAAGAGCUUUGUACAAAGUCCAUCAGUGACUAUUUAUCUGCCGGUGAUAUAAAAAAUUGUCUUCAGGAGCUGGGACUGAAGUAUGAAGAGCAUGCCCUGCCCAACACUAUAGACAUCACAAAGUGUUUCAGUAAGGGAGAUGAGAUGGGGGAGAAGCUUCUAGACUUUAUGACAGACCAGGUCCAUUUCCAUCAGUCCCUAAAUGCUGACAUUAGAACAGGGAUCCUGGAUUUGCUGCAGAACAAAUGCAGUUCUAAGAAAGAUGGAAAGAUUAUGUUUGACUGCACCUUGACUGCCCUGCUUGUUUAUGCAUAAGCUGGGGCCUGACUGGUUUAUGCCUUAACACAGAGUGCUAUUAGCUGCAUGCACAUUUUUUUAAUCAAAUAAAAAGUAGAAAAGUGUUUUUUCUGAACCGGGGUAAUGUUGGUACCUCCUGAGUGACUGGAACAAACACAAAUAAAAUAUCUUUUUUUUCUCUCUUCCAAAAUCUUCUAAUUCCAGAGCCAGUAAAUUACAUUACUUCUCCUUUCCUUUUGCUGGACAGGCCAAGUAAAUUGCACAUGCUGUCCUUCUAAUGCCAGCUUAGAAAUACUGCCCAGCUUUACCUUACCUUGCCAUCAGAUUAUUAAUAAUAUAGCUGAUUGCAGUUUCGGCAGGAUUUUGAUUUGCCAUUUUAUUUGCUCAGAGAGAGAUUAAUUUCACAUACAGGCAUUAAAUAAUUGUUUGGGGGGAGGGGGGGUAAAUUAGAUUUGUUUAUUUGUUUUACAUAUGAAGCACAAUCUAACCUUAUAUUACCUGCUACCAGUCUAUUUUAAUCUUCCUAUACAUCUAUUGUUAUUCUAUAUAUAAAAGACAUAGAUACUGUAUAAGAAGCCCAACCAGUUACUAAUAAUAUAAUUGUGGGAUGUACUAAAGUAAUCUGAACACUAGGGGGCAGUAAAGGCUAUCAAAUUGUUAACUUAAAGUACAAUGUGAAAAGAAUAAGUAAAGAACACAGGCUCACACAUUUCUACUCACUCUGUAAGGAAGGAAUACCUCUGUGUUUUCUUCAGGGCAGCAGCCAGGACUGAAGAUUUUCCAAAAGGUACAAAGAAAAUGGUUGCAGCCAUCAUUUCCAGAUAUGUUUUGCAAAUUGAGUUACCUUACAAACACCCUGAAAUACAGCAACCUACAACAAACUGUCAAUGUAUUGCUUAGGAACUACUACUACUACCAAUAAUAACAAUAAUAAUAACAAUAAUAACAAUAAUAAUAAUAAUAAUAAUAAUAAUAAUAAUACAUUAUUUUCAUGGACAGAUACAGUAGAUAACAGCUGGAAGAAUUUAUGUGAUUCACUGCGCAGACAGAGUGUUCUGUGGGCAAUAAAUCUGUGGCCCUUAAUUAGCAGCUCAAAACCCAUUCCACCGUGCCAGGGGCAAGCUGCAGCAGAUGUAAUAACAAACAUUUGUAUCACAGUAAUUUGUCACUAUUAAAGUUCUGCACACUCAAAGUGGAUCAAA